AAUUUUUUUUUAUUUAAAAAAAACUAAAAACUAUGGGCGGACUACUAACCUAUUUUCGGUCGCUGUUGGGCUCCCGUGAGAUGCGUAUACUGAUCCUCGGUCUGGACGGCGCCGGCAAGACUACCAUAUUAUAUAGGCUUCAAGUCGGCGAAGUGGUCACUACUAUACCAACCAUCGGUUUCAAUGUAGAACAGGUAACCUAUAAGAACCUAAAGUUUCAAGUAUGGGAUUUAGGAGGACAGACAUCCAUACGGCCGUACUGGCGAUGCUACUACUCGAAUACCGAUGCCAUUAUCUAUGUAGUAGAUAGUAGCGAUAGAGAACGGAUAGGUAUAUCCAAACAGGAACUGGUAUCGAUGCUUGAGGAAGAGGAACUGAAAAAAGCUAUACUACUAGUAUUGGCCAACAAACAGGACAUGGAUCAGGCCAUGACCAUUGCCGAAGUCCAUCAGGCACUCGGAUUGGAUGCCCUGAAAAGUCGGACGUUUCAGAUAUUCAAGACAUCGGCCAUCAAAGGUGACGGUUUAGAUGAGGCCAUGGAGUGGCUGUCAAACGCGUUGACUAAUAAUAAUAAAUAGUGUUUUUUUUGUAUAUUAAUAAUAAUAAUUA